UGUUAGGAUUGUGGAGGAACACCGAAAAAGCAAGAUGGAAGGAUUUUGUGAAAACUUAUCAGGCGAUAGGAAGCUGAAAUAUCUCCUGGAUAUUUUACCGUUGGACACUGUUGAGUACGCAUGCGCCUACGGCUCGGGUGCAGUACCGCAGGGGAGUGACCUACGGCUCGGCAAAAUGGUCGAUUUCAUUAUUGCAACGAGUGAUUCAAAUCAAUUUCAUAAGCAGAACUUGAAAAUGAAUCCGAUGCAUUAUUCAUCAUUACGUUUUUUGGGCUAUCAAAAGAUUGCGCAAUUGCAAAGGAACUAUGCGGCCCGGGUGUAUUGUAACACUCGAGUAUUAUACCAGGGUCAUCUUAUAAAGUAUUCUGUAAUUGAUACCGAUGAUUUUUUACUGGAUCUGAUUGAAUGGAGGUGGAUAUAUUUAGCGGGAAGAUUGCAGAAACAUGUUGUUGAUGUUGUCAAUCCUUCAUCGAGGAUAGCUUUCGCUAUGAAAAAGAAUCGUUGCAGUGCUUUACGGGCAGCAUUGUUAUUUUUGCCGGACAAAUUUUCACUUUCACAAUUUUACAACGAGCUCAUAUCCCUUUCAUAUCGAGGUGAUUUUCGCAUGUUAUUCGGUGAAGACAGAAAUAAAACAGAAAGAAUUGCUGAAGGAAGUAGGGUUCAACUUAAUCAAAUCUACGUGCCACUCCUGAAAGCUGACAAAGAUGUUUCCAUCCAAGGCCAAACCAUUGAACAAGAUAAAUGCGACGCCGUAUUAUUCAAACGAAUUAUAGAAUUACCAUUUAAUGUACUUUGGAAUUUGCAACGCAGAACUAACAGCAGGAACGAAACGCAAAACGAUAUAGAAGAGAUUGCUGCUUCACUGGCACGGCAGUUGGAUAGACCGAAACCUGUUGCUGAAGCCAUCGAAGAUAUUGUCUGGAAAUCUGCUUUGCAACAAACUGUAAAAAAUGCAUUUUCUGCGGGUAUCACGCGCUCAAUUGCAUACGCUUUUACAAAGAUCACAAAAAUGCUAAAAUCAUUGAAACAUUUAUAGCGUUAGAACAUGAUGUAGAAUACAGUGUACAGUAUUGAUCUUCACAAAUAAAAAAGCAAGGGAAAAGCAUGGUAUUGAAGAAUCCGAACUUCGGAAUGCUAUUUUCUCACUUUUCAAAUGCGAUAAUACUAUAUUGCUGAAGUUGACAAGUUUUUCAGUUGACGGUUUUAUAAUGAGCAUAGAAGGCAAAAUAUUACAUUUUUUGCUUAAAAAAAUCUAGUCUUAUGUUCUAAAUGUUUGAUCAUUGUCAAACUCUCUUUUG